AUGGAAGUGGCAGUUGAAAUUGAAAGUGGAAGUUGAGCACCUGUUGACAGAACCGGUGUUGGUGGAAAAGAAGUAAUAUUACCAGGGGGUACUUUACAGAAAUGGAUCUACGUCUUCUUCUGCUAACAGUGGGGUCUCUUUUGAUUGUGGAAUCAAAGAGAGAUGAUGAACUCUACUGUGCAGUUUGCAGGGCUUUAACUGAUGAAGUUAACCACAGUAUUUCCUCCGUCAACUCCAAACAGAAAGUUCAAGUUGGCAGCUUUAGAGUGGACUCCAAAGGAAACCAGAAGACUGUAGAGGUACCCUAUGCAAGAUCUGAAGUUCAUCUAACAGAGGUUUUUGAGACAAUUUGUGAAAAAUUCAGGCAGUAUGGAAAUACAAAGAACGGUCUAGGAAAGAGAAGUAUAGUGAGAAUGGUGUCCAGGGAUGGCAAGCCUUUGGUGCUCAAAGACAUACAGAUUACAAUGGAGGGGAUGAAACUACUGACACACACAUGUGAGACAAUUGCGGAGGAAUAUGAAGACCAGAUAAUCCGAGCGUUUAGACACGGAGAACUUCCAGAGGUAGAAAAGAAAGUGUGUGGAGAGAUUGCAGAAUACUGCUCUGAAGAAGAUCUUAACACUCCCAUGCCAGAACCAGGCCCCGUCCAGGAAUCUCAGAAAGUUGAAAAUAAAGAAGAGGAAGAGGAGGAAAAUAAGGAUGAGACAGAUGAAGGCAUUGAGGAAGAGGAGGAAGAAGGAAGCGAGGAAGAUGUGAAGGACUCGGACAAGAAAGAGAAAGAGGAGUUAUGAUGAAAAUUUAUGAAUAACUGGAAGAGUUGUCUUUCUU